CGAUUGCGGCAGUGCUGGAGGGAGUCGAUUGCCGAUAACGGGCGUCACCUGAUAGCCUCACACCAGCACCGCAUCAGACGCUACACAAGAAGGCCUGGGAAGUACGCCCGCUAGCUCCGACCGCCUGCAGACCGAGAUGGGAUAUCGAGAGCUGACGCCCGAACUCCAGGCUAAAGCGGAGAAGGAGCUAAACGAGGAUCCCAAGAGGAGGGACCAGGACAUCCAGCACAUCAAGGAAUGGCUCAAGAAGCAGCCCCACCUCAAGGCGCGUGAUGACGACCAGUGGAUUCUGACGUUCCUGCGCGGCUGUAAGUUCUCGCUAGAGAAGACCAAGCAGAAGCUGGACAUGUACUAUACCCUGCGUUCUGCUCUGCCAGAGAUCUUCACCAACAGGGACCCCUUCUCGCCGACCGCCCAGAAGAUACUCACCUCCGGGAGCGUGGUGGUGCUGCCCCAGCUGGACGACGAGGGCCGGCGCGUGACCAUCCUGCGCACGGUGCUGCCGCCCAACGCGGUGCCGCUGCACGAGAGCAUCAAGCUGAACAUGAUGGGCGCGGACGCCACGCUCAGGGAGGACGACGCGGCCGUCGUCUGCGGGGAGGCCACCAUCCAGGACAUGCAGGGCAUGACCAUGGCGCACAUGUCCGCCUGGACGCCCUGGCAGCUCAAGCGCUUCAUGACCUGCUACCAGGAAGGAUACCCACUUCGACCCAAAGGGAUCCACAUGAUCAACUGCCCACCGGGCGUUGAGAAAGUGAUGUCGGUGCUUGAUUCCAUACUGAAGGAGAAGAUCAGGAAAAGGGUCAUGAUUCAUCCCGAUCUGGAAUCGUUGCACAAGCACUUCCCAAAGAAAAUACUACCGGCAGAAUAUGGAGGGGAGGCAGGACCUAUCGAUAAGAUACAAAAUAUGUGGAAGGAGCGCAUUGAGAGGAACGCGGAAUUCUACAAAGAGGAUGAACAGUACGGCGUGGACGAGUCCAAGAGGCCGGGCAAACCCAAGACGCAGACAGACCUGUUUGGCGUAGAGGGCUCGUUCCGACAGCUGAACGUGGAUUGAAGAGGCGUCUUCGUUAGAAGAGACGCUUCCGAGAGCUCACAUAAUGAUGGGGAAAGCACGAGGGAGUAGUUCACAACAGCAGAAACGCCCCUUAUGAGCCUCAUUACUGCUGUACUUGAAAAUGGCGGUUCGCGGCAGUGCAGUUUUAAAGACUCUUACAUCGCCACUGUACUUUCGAAGUAAAGUCAACACUGUCGACAUGGAAAA